CGCCCCGAUGACGUAGCCUCCCCCCAUUGGCCGUCGCUCCAGGAACCCGGGGAUUGGCUGCCCCAGCUUCGCGUUGGCUAAAACGCCCCGCCCCCGACCGGGCCGAGUCCCCAUUGGCUGUCGGCCGGCGGCGUCCUAAAGGCGGGAGAAGCGGGGCGCGGGGCGCGGGGCCGGCGCGCAUGGAGCGGCUGCGGGACGUGCGGGCGCAGCUGCUGGCGUGGGAACGCGCGUUCCGUCGGCAGCGCGGGCGGCGGCCGGUGCAGGAGGACGUGGAAGCGGCGCCCGAGGAAACCCGCGCGCUCUACCGGGAGUACCGCUCCCUGAAGGAGACCUUGCGUCCGGCCAGCGGCGCUGGACCCAGCGUCCACGCGCAGGCGCUUCCGGAGGCGGCCGAGGAGGUGCCCGAGCCCAGCUGCUGGGGAUCCCACCUGAAUCGGGCUGUAACCCGGGGUCUCCCUCCUGCUGCAGGGCGGAGCCCUCGCGGGUCUGUGCCUGACUAUGGGGAGAGGCUCAAGGCAAACCUGAAGGAUGCUCUGCAGGCCGGGCCAGCUCUGCGCCGAAUACCCCGACCUCUGCAAAGACCCCCACCCGAGGUGCCUUCCCCGGGGCUGCCAGCUGCAGGGGCUUCCCCCUUGUCUCCUGAAGAAGCCAGUGAGGUGCUGCCCCAGCUCCCCCGGCCCCAGCCAAGACCAGGCCGGCUCCAGCAGCUGCAGGAGUCCCUGAGCCUGCGGCUGAGCUCCCUGGAUCCCGGCUGGAUACAGAGGUGUCACAAUGAGGCCCAAGGUUUUGUGGGGACUCCUGAGGCCUGCCAUCCUGCCCUGGGUACAGAGGAGCCACAACCCCCGAUGUCAGGUGUUCCCCCUGAUCCUGGCCCCAGCCGGGGCCCUGAGGCACCUUUUCUGGGCUCAGAGGCUCCAGCUCUGAAGGUACUUGGGGUCAGUGCAAGGAGCCCCCUCCUGGGCAGCAGCCAAGGCAAGAAGCGGAGACAAAGUGGGGAGCCAAACGGGACUGCUACACAGGCCCAGCAGCACAGCAGCCAAGAAGGCUCCCCGCCAGAGGGAGCUGGGGCUGCACUGCAUGCAAGAGAAGACUGUCCAGGGGAGCCCAUGCCGGCGCAGCCCCUCCCCGGACCCUCAGCCCCCAGGCCAGCUGUGCGGGACGGGGGCAAUUACGUUCGGCUCAACCUGAAGCAGAAGCGCUAUGUCCGGGGCCCGGCCCUACGGGGCAGACUCCUCCGAAGGCAGGUGUGGAAACAGAAAUGGAGGAAGAAGGCGGAAUGUUUCGGGGGUGGGCAGUUCCAGGCCCCAGUCAAGGAUUCUUGCUUCCGGUGUGGGCAGCUCGGCCACUGGGCAUCCCAGUGCCCCAAAUCAGGCCCAAAACCUACCCGGGUUCCGGAGAAAGAGGAUGGUGAGGAUGAAGAGGACAUGCCCACGUUGCCCACGUUGGAGGCAGUGACUCAGAGGACACAUACUGCCUGCGGCCAGCUCCUUGGCGAGGAAGAUACGGGUCCUGCUGGGUCUGAGUUGCUAGUGCCCACGGAGGCACCGGUGCCUGGGGCACCCUGCCCAUCCCCAGCUGUGCCACCACUCUACCUGCCAGGUCCCUUGGGGCAGGUGGCAGAGACGCCGGUUGAGGUGCUGCAGGCCCUGGAGCAGCUGGGGCACCGAGCCUUCCGCCCUGGGCAGGAGCAUGCAGUUAUGCGGAUCCUGUCUGGCAUGUCCACUCUGCUGGUGCUGCCCACCGGCGCCGGCAAGUCCCUGUGCUACCAGCUCCCUGCGCUGCUCUACGCCCGGCGAAGCCCCUGUCUCACGCUGGUCAUCUCUCCUCUCCUGUCCCUCAUGGACGACCAGGUGUCUGGCCUGCCCCGAGGCCUGAAGGCGGCUUGCGUACACUCGGGCAUGACAAGGAAGCAGCGGGACUCAGCCCUGCAGAAGGUGAGGGGCCUCCCAGAGCAAGACCCUCGGGGGCCACAGGCAGGGCCCAGGGCAGUGGUCCUGACCUUGCUGUUCACAGGCUCGGGCAGGCCAGGUCCACGUGCUGAUGUUGUCGCCCGAGGCGUUGGUUGGAGCUGGGACUGGGAGCCCUGCCUGCCUCACUCAGCUGCCCCCAGUGGCCUUUGUCUGUGUAGACGAAGCCCACUGCCUCUCUCAGUGGUCCCACAACUUCAGACCCUGCUAUCUCCGUGUCUGCAAGGUGCUGCGGGAAUGCCUGGGUGUGCGCUGCUUCCUGGGCCUCACGGCCACGGCCACACGCAGCACCACCCUCGAUGUGGCCGAGCAUCUGGGCAUAGCCAAGGAGGCUGUCCUCAGGGGACUGGUCACCGUCCCUGCCAACCUGCACCUGUCUGUGUCCAUAGACAGGGACCCCGACCAGGUAGGUGUGCACAAACAGGGAGAGGCCUCGCCUCCCGGCCGCCCACACUGACCACUGUCCCUCGCCAGGCCCUGGUGACUCUGCUGCAGGGUGACCGCUUCCGCACCCUGGACUCCAUCAUCGUCUACUGCAACAGGCGCGAGGACACCGAGCGUGUCUCCGCCCUGCUGCGCACCUGUUUGCCUGGGACCAGGGCUCCGGGGCCUGGAGGUGAGGCUGGGCCGGGCUGGGCCUCAGACCUUCCCAUGCAUACAACCCACCAACCGUCUGUCUUUCCUGCAGGCCGGGCCCCGGAGGCUGUGGCUGAAGCCUACCAUGCGGGCAUGUGCAGCCGGGAGCGGCGGCGGGUGCAGCGGGCCUUCAUGGAGGGCCAGCUGCGGGUGGUGGUGGCCACAGUGGCCUUUGGGAUGGGCUUGGACCGGCCAGAUGUGCGGGCUGUUCUGCACCUGGGGCUGCCCCCGAGUUUUGAGAGCUACAUUCAGGCCGUGGGCCGGGCUGGGCGUGAUGGGCAGCCCGCACACUGCCACCUCUUCCUGCAGCCCCAGGGCGAGGACCUUCGGGAGCUGCGCAGACACGUGCAUGCCAACGCCAUCGACUUCCUCGCUGUGAAGAAGCUGGUGCAGCGGGCCUUCCCGCCCUGUGCCUGCGCCCAACGGCUGUCCGAGCAGGAGGGCGGCUCCUCCGAGCAGCCCAGCUGUGAGCAAACAGCCCGGUGCCCAGGCCACAAGCGGGCACUCCCAGUGCAGCCGACAGUGCAGGCUCUGGACCUGCCUGAGGAGGUCAUUGAGACUCUGCUGUGCUACUUGGAGCUGCACCCACGGCGCUGGCUGGAGCUGCUGGCACCCACCUACACUCGCUGCUGCGUGCGAUGCCCUGGGGGCCCCACCCAGCUCCAGGCCCUGGCCCGCAGGUGUGUCCCCCUGGCUGCAUGCUUGGCCAGGCAGCUGCCUGAGAACACAGGUGGGGGGAGUGGCACUGUGGAGUUUGACAUGCUGGAGCUGGUCGACUCCAUGGGCUGGGAGCUGGCCCCCGUGCGGAAGGCCCUCCGCCAACUGCAGUGGGACCCGGAGCCCAGGAAAGGUGUGGCUCGGGGCACAGGGGUGCUGGUGGAGUUCAGCGAGCUGGCCUUCUACCUGCACAGCCCUGGGGACCUGACCGCCCAGGAAAAGGACCAGAUCUGUGGCUUCCUUCAUGACCGAGUGCAGGCCAGAGAGCGGGAGGCCCUGGCCCACCUGCGCCUUAUGUUCCAGGCCUUUCACAGCGUAGCCUUCCCCAGCUGCGGGCCCUGCUUGGAGCAGCCGGACGAUGACCGCAGCUCCAGGCUCAAGGCCCUGCUCACCCACUACCUGGAGGAAGGGGGUCCAGUGGCUGAGAAGGAAGCACAGGGCCCAGAGCCGGGACAGGCCGAGCUCCAGGACUGGGAGGACCAGGUCCGCAGGGACGUCCGCCACUUCCUGUCCUCGUGGCCAGAGCAGCAGUUCUCGGGCAGGGCUGUGGCCCGCAUCUUCCACGGCAUCGGAAGCCCCUGCUUUCCAGCCCAGGUGUAUGGACGGGACCGACGCUUCUGGAGGAAGUAUCUGCACCUGAGCUUCCACGCCCUGAUCAAGCUGGCCACUGAGGAGAUCCUGUUGGGCCGCUGACCCCUGGCCACAGGCAGGCCAUGUCAGACACGGUGUGAACAGGCACACCGAGUGGCGGGUGCAGGACCCAGGAUGAGGGGCCGUCACUGUCUGGGACAGUGACUGACCAUCUUGGGCAAAGCCUGCUGCCCGGAAUGUGGGCACAAGGAGGCCCCAAAAUACAAAACAAAAGAUGCUGCAGUUGUUGCCGCACCCUCCUUUUCGGUGGGGCACACGUCGGGGCAGCCUUGGACACCACACAUCCCAGACAGACAC